AUGGGUAAUCGCGGUCAGUUAUUAAUAGAAAGAAAGAACGUAAGACGUUUAUGUCAUACGAAAAGAUUGCUAACAGUGAAUGGCAAGUAUCCAGGACCAACCAUUUUCGUUCAUGAAGGCGAUAAUGUGGAGGUUAAAGUCACUAACCAGAGUCCCUGGAACACAACUAUCCACUGGCAUGGGGUACGGCAGCUAAGAAGUGGUUGGGCAGAUGGACCAGCAUACAUAACUCAAUGUCCAAUAGUUCCAGGAGGAAGUUACACUUACAAAUUCACAAUUAUUAACCAAAGGGGAACCUUAUGGUGGCAUGCUCAUCUUUCCUGGCAACGCGCCACUGUCUAUGGUGCUUUUAUUAUAUACCCUCGAACAAGGCCUUAUCCAUUUUCAGCUUCUGUUGAAGCUGAAAUCCCCAUAAUCUUUGGUGAAUGGUGGAAUGGAGAAAUUGAAGAUAUUGAAAAUGACAUGAAGUUAUAUGGAAGUGGUCCUAAUUCUUCUGAUGCUUAUACCAUAAAUGGCUUGCCAGGGCCCUCGUAUCCUUGUUCUAAUAAAGAUACAUUCAUCCAGACAAUUGAGAUAGGCAAAACAUACUUGCUUAGGAUCAUCAAUGCAGCACUAAACGAUGAACUCUUCUUCGCGGUGGCAAAUCAUACAUUAACAGUAGUCGAAAUUGAUGUUGUUUACACAAAACCCUUUACAACAAAAGCCAUAAUGAUCACCCCUGGACAGACAACCAAUGUCUUAAUCACUGCAAAUCAAAUCCCUGAUUCAACAGGAACGUUUGUCAUGGCGGCUAGGCCUUAUCUUACUUCAGUCUUCCCAUUUGACAAUUCCACUACAAUUGGUUUCCUUAAAUACAAAAUCCCAAACACAAAAAUCACCAAAACCCCUGUUAAAUCCUUCACUUUGCCUUCCAAUUUACCCCAAAUGGAAGAUACUCAAUAUGCUACCAAAUUCACCGAAAAACUUAAAAGCUUAGAAUCCCCUGAAUACCCUUGCAAUGUGCCUAAGAAAAUAGACAAGAGAGUAAUUACUACAAUUAGCCUUAAUCUUCAAGAUUGUCCUGUUAAUCAGACAUGUAAAGGAUUUAAAAACAAGAAAUUCUAUGCAUCAAUGAAUAAUCAAUCAUUUGUUAGGCCUUCAGUUUCAAUCUUGGAAAGUCACUACAGGAACUUAUCGACUACCAUGUUGUCUAGUUUCCCUGAACGGCCUCCUCAUCCUUUUAACUACACAGGGGUGGAUCCAUUAUCCGAAAACUUGAAUACUGAAUUUAGUACUAGGAUCUUAGUAGUGCCAUAUGGCACGAGACUAGAGAUCGUGUUUCAAGACAUGAGCUUUUUGAAUCAAGAAAAUCAUCCAAUUCAUGUACAUGGUCAUAAUUUCUUCAUUGUGGGAAGGGGAUUUGGAAAUUAUGAUGUUGAUCGCGAUACGAAAAAUUAUAAUGUUGUUGAUCCACCUGAGAGGAACACAGUUGGUGUUCCUGUUGGAGGGUGGGCUGCAAUAAGGGUAAUAACUGAUAAUCCAGGAGUUUGGUUUAUACAUUGUCACUUGGAGGAACAUACUUCAUGGGGUCUUGCUAUGGGAUUGAUUGUUCAAAGUGGUCAACAUCCUUCUCAGUGUUUGCUUCCUCCUCCUCAUGAUUUUCCUGCAUGUUGA